AGCGAGAUGGCGGCGCCGGGUCUCCCGACGCCGCUGCACGGACAUGUGGGCCGGGGCGCCUUCAGCAAUGUGUACGAGCCGGCGGAGGAUACGUUCCUGCUGCUGGACGCGCUCGAGGCGGCAGCGGCCGAGCUCAUGGGAGUGGAAAUAUGCCUUGAAGUAGGGUCAGGGUCUGGAGUGGUAUCUGCAUUCCUAGCCUCUCUGAUAGGUCCUCAGGCCUUGUACAUGUGCACUGAUAUCAACCCUGAGGCAGCAGCUUGUACUCUGGAGACAGCGCACUGUAACAAAGUCCACAUUCAGCCAGUGAUUACAGACUUGGUAGUCUUUAAUUUCAUGGUAACAGGAUACUUGUGUGUCCGUAUCUUAUUCCUCAGCAAACAGCUUCUUCGCCACCACCCACCCCCAACCCCCCUCAUGGUCAAAGGCUUGCUACCAAGAUUGAAGGAAAAAGUUGAUCUUCUGGUGUUUAAUCCCCCCUAUGUAGUGACUCCACCUGAAGAGGUGGGAAGUCACGGAGUAGAGGCUGCUUGGGCCGGUGGCAGAAAUGGUCGAGAAGUCAUGGACAGGUUCUUCCCACUGGCUGCAGAUCUUCUGUCACCAAGAGGAUUAUUCUAUUUAGUUACCAUUAAAGAAAAUAAUCCAGAAGAAAUUUUGAAAACAAUGACAACAAAGGGUCUACAAGGGACUGUGGCACUUUCCAGGCAAGCAGGCCGAGAAGCCCUCUCAGUCCUGAAGUUCACCAAGUGCCGUGUAUUGUGCUGAAUGUGCGUAUAUUGAUAAUAUUGAUGAUGUUGAAUGUAUGUAUGAAUAUACGGAGAGAGAGAAGCGGAAUAUAUUCAGCAUGUUGUGAAACUGAAGUCAUUUCUUGGUUAGGUUGUAUAGAAUUGUCAGGUUAUAUAGAAGAAGGUAGAAGGAUAUAGCAUUCCCUUUUACCCAGGAAUCAAGUCUAUGGAAAUUUUUGCAUAAGUGCAAGUAAAUGCGUAUCCGAGAUAUAUUAUGUUUAUUUUACAUGUAAAACCUGAACGUGAGUCACCUAUCCAGCCACUAAACAUGAGUUAGGUUUGUGUGCACUGAACCUCAAGGGGUUCAUAAUGUACCAUCAAGUGAAAAAGAGCAAAUUACAAAACAGGAUUAUCCUGUAUGUAUAAUUUUAAAAAACCAACAGAGAGGGCAUGUCUAUAUGUCUAUAUAAGUAAGUCUCAUGGGGAGCCUGGGUGGCUCAGCUGGUUGAGAGUCUGGUUCUUGAUUUUGG